AUGGCAGGAGAAAUCCUAGCCAUAGAUAUGCCUCAUCCCAGGAAUCCUGCUCUGUAUCGUCUCACCAAGCAGCUACUCCAGAAAUAUCACAAGGCAGUGAGGCCAGUUCACGACUGGACUGAGGCCACCACCGUGUAUCUGGAUGUGUUUGUCCACGCCAUAUUGGAUGUGGAUGCACAGAACCAAAAAUUAAAGACAAGUAUAUGGUACCAUGAGGUUUGGGAUGAUGAGUUUUUAUCCUGGACCCCCAGCAUGUUUGAUGAGAUUAGAGAGAUCUCUCUUCCUCUAAGUGACAUCUGGGCCCCUGACAUCAUCAUUAAUGAGCUUGUGGACAUUGAAGGAUCACCCGACCUUCCGUAUGUCUAUGUGAACUCAUCUGGGACCAUUAAGAACUCUAAGCCUAUCCAGGUGGUUUCUACAUGCGGUUUAGAGACCUACACGUUUCCAUUUGACAUCCAGAACUGCAGCCUGACCUUCAGUAGUGUCCUGCACACAGUGCAAGAUGUCAACCUGGCCUUCCUCAGGAGCAGAGAAGACAUUAAGCAUGACAAGAAGGAAUUUUUGAAUGACAGUGAGUGGGAACUUGUCUCUGUGUCCUCAACGUACAGCAUCCUGCAGAGCAGCGCUGGAGAUUUUGCCCAGAUUCAGUUUAAUGUGGUGAUUCGCAGGCGUCCGCUGGUCUAUGUUGUGAGCCUGCUGAUUCCCAGCAUCUUCCUAAUGCUUGUGGAUCUGGGGAGCUUCUACCUACCACCCACCUGCCGUAUCAGGAUUGUGUUCAAGAGCAGCGUGCUGGUGGGCUACACCGUCUUCAGGGUCAACAUGUCCGACGAGAUGCCAAGGAGCGCACUGAGUACCCCUCUGAUUGGAGUCUUCUUCACGGUCUGCAUGGCCUUCCUGGUUAUCAGCUUAUUUAAGUCCAUCCUGCUGGUCAGAUUACUCCAUGAUGAGUGGAGCCAUGGGCAGGAGUGGCCCCUCUUGUGCCUUCGAGGGGACACUGAUGCUGAUGGGCCUAGAAUGGAUCCCAGAGCCCAGCUUGCUGGGGUACCAGAGCCCCCGAUCUGUCGAGAGCACCAGGUGCAGCCAGGGAGCCUGAAGGAAGUCUGGUUCCAGCUUAAGUCCAUCAGCACCUACUUCCAAACCUGGGAGCAGGCGGACCGGCAGGGGGUUAAGUGGCUGGCCCUCCUGGAACGUUUUGACCGACUGCUCUUUCAAGCCUACGCCGUCAUGCUGGGCCUCUAUACCGUCACCCUGUGCUCCCUCUGGGCACUGUGGGGCAGCUCGUGA